UCAACUGAGGAGUCGGGGCCAUCCCCAUUUUUCUCACUCAGGAGGCGGCGGCGGCGGCGGCGGCGGCGGCGGCAGGAGCUUGCGAUGUUCGGCCUCAAGAGAAACGCAGUAAUCGGACUCAACCUCUACUGUGGGGGGGCCGGGCUGGGGGCCGGCAGCGGCGGCGCCUCCUCUUCGGGAGGGCGGCUUUUGGCUUCGGGGAAGGAGGCCACGACCAGACGGGAGGGAGGGGGAGGGGAAGCCGGUGCGGUGAUUGGCGGAAGCGCCGGCGCAAGUCCCCCGACCACUCUGGCGCCGGACGCCCGGAGGGUCGCGCGGCCCUCACCCAUUGGCGCUGAGGGCCCCAACGUCAGCGCGACCCCCCCGAGGCUGCUGCUGCUCGCGCCCCCCUGCCGCGCGUCGCCGCCUGAAGAGAUGGAAGGCCCGGCCGCCGACGCCAUCAUGUCGCCCGAAGAGGAGCUAGACGGGUACGAGCCGGAACCUUUGGGGAAGCGGCCGGCGGUCCUGCCUCUGCUGGAGCUGGUGGGGGAGGCCAGCAUUGGCCCCGGCAUGGACGGCUCGCUACCCUCGACGCCACCCCCGGCGGAGGAGGAGGAAGAUGAGUUGUACCGGCAGUCCCUGGAGAUUAUCUCUCGGUACCUUCGGGAACAGGCCACAGGCGCCAAGGACGCGAAACCACUGGGCGGGUCUCGGGCGGCCAGCCGGAAGGCGUUAGAGACCCUCCGGCGAGUCGGGGACGGGGUACAGCGCAACCACGAGACAGCCUUCCAAGGCAUGCUUCGGAAACUGGACAUCAAAAACGAAGACGAUGUCAAAUCGUUGUCUCGAGUGAUUGUCCAUGUUUUCAGUGACGGAGUAACAAACUGGGGCAGGAUUGUGACUCUUAUUUCCUUUGGUGCCUUUGUGGCCAAACACUUGAAGAGUAUAAACCAAGAAAGCUGCAUCGAACCAUUAGCAGAAAGCAUCACAGAUGUUCUCGUAAGGACGAAACGAGACUGGCUAGUCAAACAAAGAGGCUGGGAUGGGUUUGUGGAGUUCUUCCAUGUAGAGGACCUAGAAGGUGGCAUCAGAAAUGUGCUGCUGGCUUUUGCAGGUGUUGCUGGAGUAGGAGCUGGUUUGGCAUAUCUAAUAAGAUAGCCUUUUAAGUGCAAUAAUUAACUUUUAAACAACCCCAGGCACCAAAACCACAUAUGACUGCUGUGAAAUCAAAUGUAUUUAUGAAGUUGGACUUUGAGCUGUCCAGGCUGUAACCUCGGAGAGUUCUACUCUAGCAACGUAGAAAAGCAAGUGGCAAGAGGAUUAUGGCUAACAGGAAUAAAUACAUGGGAGAAGUAGUCCCCCUUGAAGAGUCACUGUCUAAAAGAAGCAGAGCUCAGUUUCAGCAACAGGCAAACUUGGGGAGGCCAUGGAGGAGGACUUUUAGAUUUAGUAAAGUUGGUAGGGUUGAAGAGACUUAAUUUUCUUGUCUAGAACAGGAGAGUGGCCAGUAGCCAGGCUAGUCAUAGAGUCCAUUAAAUAUGUCCACUGAAUUCAUUAACUUCCCAUAUAGUGUUAAAAGAGAAGCACUAACAAUGGCAUUGAUCUGUAUGAAAUGGAUUUAAGCUACAGGUGAUAGAACUAUGACUAGAAGCCGCAGUACUGUACAACAGUGUGAAGGAAAGCUUUUUCUCUGUAAUUAGCUUUCCCAAGUAUACUUCUUGAAAGUCCAAGUGCUCAGGACGUUUUUACCUGUUCUACUUUGGCUUGGUUUGAGUGGUUUAGUUUAUUAGCCUAGUAAUGGCCAACAAUACUUGACUUAGGGUCAAUAAUUACAAUUGCAAAUGUGGGAAUAGCCUCAAUUUUUAAGGCAAAAACAAAUUGUAAAUGUAUUUGUCUGUAAAAAUUGUGUAUAUUUUUACAGAAAGUCUAUUUCUUUGAAAUGUAAAGGGAUGAAGAGUCUCAAAAUAUAUUAGUUUUUUUUUCAUGCCCGUUUGAAAUUUACAACUUCUGUAGUUAGGAAUCUAUUUCUUACAGCUUUUCUAAAUUUUGUCCUGGUCAGUUCUAGAUUGUAUACAGAACCAAUUGAUGUAAUUGUAUGCAACUUGGUUGUAGUGGAACAAUUCCAAUUCAUAACUAUGCAGACUUUUUAAUUUUCCUAUCUGAUUGGUAAGUAUUCUUUAGUGGUUUUGGGUGUUUUGUUUUGUUUUAAACCUGGGAUUGAGAAGUUGAUGAAUGGAAAUUCAUCCUUUAACUUCAUUACAUGUGGGUUUACAAUAAUUGAGUCAAGGUGAAGUUUGAAGUUUGGGGGCAGGGGGCGUGUGUGGGUUGAUAACUUAAAAAAAUAAUGGGCUCUGAUUGGGCAGCUACUCAUUUGAGUUCCUUCCAUUUGACCUAAUUUAACUGGUGAAAUUUAAAUUGAGUUUAUGAGCUCAUCUUCAAAACUUUUGCUAGAAGAUUUUCAGCUGUUCCAAAUGGGACUUACUAACAGUAUGUAUAUAAAAAGAUCACAUCAGUGGAUGAGAGACAUUUGAUCCCUUGUUUGCUUAAUAAAUUGUAAAAUGAUGGCUUGGAAAAGCAGGCUUAUAGUCUAACCAUGGUGCUAUUAUUAGGCUUGCUUGUUAAACACAGGUCUAAGCCUAGUAUAUCAAUAAAACAAAUACUUAUUUCAUUUG